GGAGGAGGAGGAGGGAUAUCACCAGUUAAUAACCUCAGCCUCCUCUGCCUGUCAGCAUCAUGAUCGCAGAAUGUAACGGGAACCCCUCAACAGCGGAGCCGCGCCGUGAUGACUGUCCGCGGGCAGAGCUGCAGCCCAGUGACGCUUGACAUCUCUGCCAUCCAGUAGUUGAUUCCCUCAAGCCGCGCGGUGUGAUUCUGGAGCCUUGGCACACUCUCACCACUCAGAGGCUGCCUCUCCGGCGCGUACUUUGCUCCGACACAUUCCUCCGAGGCUUCUCCUUCCUUCUAUCUGGGGAUUUGAAACUUGAGCGACUUUUACCGUCGCAGGCAGAGAAACAAAAGGUCGGACGGAUAGUGUCAGCGUGGUGAAUGUAGCGGCAGGCAGGCUGGGUGUCUGUCUGCGGGGCGCACAGCGGUGCUGCUGGACCAGCCGAGAACGCACCAAGUCCCGUCCCACAUCCCCGUUUUACCCCCCCGUGUCCCGAACACAGCAAACAUGAUUCUCCUCGGGACUGUGCUCGCUCUUUUCUUCUCAGGUGUGUUGCCAUACUCAGCACCCGUCUUCCCCUUCCCUCCCUCCCCCACUGACUGUGUUGAAGCUCUUCGAGUGUGCUCCGCCGACCCCCGGUGUGAGGCGUUGUACCGGGGCUUAGAGCUGUGUGCGGCAGAUGCAGCAGUGACCCCACUGGGGGAGCAGGCAGCAGCCGAGUGUCUGGAGAGACAGGACGCUCUGCUGGCUAAACACCCCGCUCUCUUGGCCUGCAAGUGCCAGCGUGGCUUCCGCAAGGAGGAGCAGUGCCUGCGCAUAUAUUGGAGUGUUCGUCUGCUGCCAGGGGAGGAUGAACUAGAAAUAUCUCCCUAUGAUGACACACUAAUGGAUACUCGCAUGGCUUCCUUAGUGGCAGCCUCAUCUUUCAUGCAAUUGGAUGGUGAGAACCAGUGCCUGAAGGCAGCGCAGGACUGUGGCCUGUAUGAGAAGUGUGGCUCUCUGCGAUCAGAGUAUGUCCUGGCCUGUACCAAACGGGUGCCUGGGACCACCCGGUGCAACCAGCACAAAUGUCACCGGGCCCUGCGGCGCUUCCUGGAGCGGGUGCCUGAGGAAUACAGCCUGGGCGUCCUGUUCUGCCCCUGCACUAACACCCUGUGUGGUGAAAGGAGGAGGAAAACUAUUGUGCCCUCCUGCUCCUACCAAGAGAUGGAGGGUCUGCAACCCAACUGCCUCCACCAGCAGAGCUUCUGUCGCCGAGAUGACCUCUGCAGGUCCAGACUGGCUGAUUUCCUUAAUAACUGCCAGCCAUCUCCUCUGACGGCCAGCGGCUGUCUGAAAGACUCAGCAGGCCUGUGCCUCCGAGCCUACGCUGGACUCAUCGGUACCAUCAUGACCCCAAACUACAUCAGUAACAGCUCUGCAGAUGUGUCGCUGUGGUGCAACUGUGAGGGCAGUGGCAACCAGUGGCAGGACUGUCUGAGACUGCAGCGCAUGUUCACCCACAACACCUGCCUGCGUAACUCUAUCAGUUGGAUGGGGAGCCCCGACUCCCUGCCUGCAGACAUCACCCCCCCUCCUGCUCCCAGGCCCUCCCCGCUGGUUCAGGAGGAUGAGCUGCUGAGCAACAACCACCUGCCUGAACACAACAACAUCGUGGUGGAGAGUGAGGAAGAGGAGGAACUGACACAGACAGAGGAGGAGGGCGAUGAAGGUGGCCAGUUUGACGUCAUCCCGCUGUACUCGGAGAGGGCCACCGUUUCCAACCUGGGCUCCUCCGGGACAGGUGGGGCUGCAUCCCUCACCACCGGCCCUCCGAAAGUCAUACUACUGCUCCUUCUGCUUCUGUCUGCCUCCCUCAGCUGGGGGUAGAACAGAGGAUAUAGAGAAGACACACACACACACACACAUACAUGCACACUCACAUAUGAUGGACCUGCCAACACUCCUGGACUGAUCGCUGUAAAAUUCUAGGAGACAGUGAAGAAAUGGACUUCACGUUUGUCAGUAGCAUCCCCUUGAUUCCUCACCUCUGUCCUUGCUUCCUUCCUUUCCUCCUUUGAAAACGGCACUUUGUUCAACAUGGUCUGACUGCCGCUGCAGUGGUGUAUUAAUGUCCUGGGAGCACAAAAGACCUAAGUGUGGUAGGUGUUCACAUGCUGCCAAUGUAUCUGUUGCUGUCGUAGGUCCCGAAAAAACAUGUUAAUUUAAGUGGCUUGCUCGGUUAUUGGCACACAAAGGUGUGUUAGUAGCAUGAAAUAUUGGCUUGUCAUACCGAACAGAAAGUAAUUGCAAGCAGCUGAGUCCUAAUUUUAAUCAUCAGUGGUGAAUAUACACUUCUGACAGCAAUGAUACCUCCCAGUUGCCAAAAAGAAACAACCAAGUGUCCACAAACUGGUGCCAAAAUGUCUGCACUCGCUGGCAGUUCAGCACAAUAAAAUACAUUAUAUUUAGAUUAUAAACUAUUCAAAAAAGAGCUGCAUAACUAACUCACAGUUGGUUUAACUUGUUAAUAAAAGGCUACAAAUAAACCAUGUACCAUAAUAAAAGUAGUAAACUAGUUAGGCUACAUUUCCAUCCAUCUAGUGUGCAAACAAUGUAAUUAGAGGGAACCUACUGGUGCUUCAUUCCCACUGCAUAGUUCAGCUGGACUUGACUUGACUCAGCUUACUUUUGGUACCUGGUCCUUUUCUCUGUUAUGUUUUUCACCGUGGGUAGCAUCCCCUCAGUAUCAGCUGAUCGCCAUAGGGGCAUCAUAGGAAACUGCCAUGUCAUCCUCUUCAAGUUGCCGAACCCUUUUGAUUGGCAACACGGGGAUAUCUGCGCUUCGUCAACUGUACAAUGUGGUGUAGGCCUUCGGCAGCUAAUGAUGGUAGCUUGGCUAAAGUGGCAGGUUUGAGUAAGAUGUCCCAUGUGGCACCAUUGAUGAUUCUCUCUGACCAAUUGGUGGACUGCAGUGUUUUAACUCCACCCUUUGGUUUCAGCUGGAACCUCGACCAAAAAAGUACCAGGUAGUAUCCACAACUUUUGCUAAUGGAAAACCAAAAAAAGGCAAGUCGAGUAGGGUAGAGCCGUGUCGUACCGUGCAGUGGAAAUGCAGCAUUAGAAUAAUGUGUGAACUCUCCCAGUCAUAACAACUGUCUUUUCCUCUUUUUCCCAUUCUGCACACACAGUGCAUUAACUACCUUAUCAUAACAUACUUCUCCAUUCUAAAGAAUUUCAGUGCUAACAAACAUAGCGUGUCAGGCUGCAAGCACCUUACACAACAUAUGCAACAUAUUAGUUUAUUUAUUCACCAAUUGAGCUUGGCCUAUUUUAACUGAGGGACUCUUUUGGCUUUCUGUUAUAUUACAACAUAGAAAAAGAAAAUCUGAAAACAUUGGUACAUGUUGUGUUGCCAUAGAGAAAACAAAUGUUGCAUGCUAAUGAAUUCAGACAGUCCCUCCAGGAUUUCGCGGGCUUGUGAUGCAUGUUGCAAUAUUUUUAGGUGUUUUUUUUGUUUUGUUUUUUUGCAAUGAAAUUGCAGGAGCAAGUGAAAACUGUAAAAAAUAGUAGCCAUGCAGGGACUAUUGAUAUGAGCAUUCAGUGUUUCCCACAGAAUUAGAAUGUAUUGAAGUAGCACUGAAAAACCAUCUCCAUUUGCUACAAUCCUCCUCCUCUAUCUGUCUGUCUCUUUGCCCAGUUAGCACAAGCUAACACAGUAGCAGUGGCUAACAUCCAACACUGAGUCUUAAACGGUACCAGCAAUCUCCCAUCAACAUGGAAAUGGCUCAAUUCUGUCCUUAAAUCCAUUAAUAAACAUUGGGUUACAUUAGCUGUGUGAAAAGUUAACAGUUUACAGUUAACCCUGUCAUUGUAUGUGUGUCUCAAGCAGCAACCCCCAUGGCUGAAAAACAGAGUAAAUCCUCACAGAGCCCCAUAUUAGAAUGUCCAACAUGUUCACAGCUUGGUACAAAAAUGGUUUUGGUCUCUAUAGCUGAUUUCAAUAAUCAUGACAACUGUACAGGGGGUCAAUUUUUAUAUGACUCACCUGUUUACAUUUCGUUAAGGCCCAAAGGCAUACAUAUGUCAGGGUGGGGCCACUUGAGUGACUGGCUGUGAGGCGUCUCCACAGUCUAUGAGUCAUGUCCACCCCUCGCUCCUUCACAGCUCCAACCUCUUAUCCAGUUGUCACUUCUGGCUCCAAAAAACCAAGCAGGUGAUGGCUGAAAUGCCAGACUCUAGGCUUCAUAACAGCAGUCCACAAAGCAAUAGGUGCUGUCAUGGUAGCU